GCCAGAUCGAAGAAGGCCUUUGCCUUGAUUACGCUGAAUGCUAUAUUCCAUGUUCCCGGCACCAACUACAGCACGUCCAGACCAGGCCCAUUGCCGAGAUGCUGAGCUGGUGGCGGAACUCAUCCCGCCAAUUGCAGCCCAAUAGCCAGAGUCAACUUCGAUGCGCCAGAUUCGUCGAAAUCGAGCGGGCGGUACGCAGAGCGCGGAGCAGGGGCGAGAGGGACACAGAUUUCAUGAAACUCCAUUCCAGCUACGCGGAACUCGAUCAAUGCGCACGCAACAAGUGUAGGGCCUGUCGAGUUGUUCGGCAGGCUCUGUUGCUGUCCCAGAUUACCGGCGAGGAUGUCGAGAGGAUGGAGAGAAGAGAUGUCCCCGUGUAUGUCAGAUUGUCAGGAGGAGAACCCUCGGAUGAACCUCGACCUCGCGGUCCGUCGACGCUACAGGUCCGUCUGGGGGUGGCGCAAGAGAGCAGCGUGUUGGUGAACAUCGCGCUCACCAUCAAUAUUAACCCUUCAUCGCUGCGAGAGGAUCCGUUCGACUCGGCCAUUCCUCAAAUCAAAUCUUGGUUGCAAGAAUGUCGCGAAGAACACCAGUGCAGCCACCUUACUCAGUCCAGCGAGCACCCCAGGCGGCUGAUCAAGAUUGUGUCCGAGACGAUAUUGAGGUUGGUCGACACCUCCGAGUUGCCAAAGAACGUCAAGCUCAAGUAUGUCGCCUUGAGCUACUGCUGGGGCGAGGGGCGUUCGAAAGGCAGGACCACGCCGUGCAAUCGGGACAAGCGAACCGUCUUUUUCGAAAUGUCGGCGCUACCAAGGACCAUACGACAUGCUUUGAGAUUGGUCCAAGCUCUUGGGCUAAAGUAUCUGUGGGUCGAUCAAGUCUGCAUUGCCCAAAAAAUCCAAUGGGACAAAAAACCUGUACCUCGAGAGGAUGAUGAUAAUGAUGGUGGAGGUGAUGGCUACGAUGACUGCGAAGGCGACGGCUGCAAAGCCUGCAGCAGCGAUGCGGGCGAGGAUUGGAACGCAGAAGCUUCGAGGAUGCAUGUCAUCUACGGCAACGCCACCUUGACUCUUUGCGCCUGUUCAAGCAAAAGUUCAUGGGAUGGGCUCAUUUGGCCUCGGAAGGCCUGGACUUACAGCGUCAUCCCAUUCUUCUUCGAAGGCCAGUGGCUCGUGAACUACGACACGAGUCUCAACGAGGUGAGGGCAACCGCACCGCUGUCCAAACGAGCGUGGACUCUGCAAGAGGAACGACUUUCCCCCAGGCUCUUAUACUACUGCGGCCAGAGAGUCUACUGGUCUUGCGUCGAGAAGCAGCACACAGAGAUCGCCACGCUCAGUGCCGGGACACCCAAUGGUGGCGGCACGCCUUUCGAACGCCCGGAUGAAUUCAAGCGAAUGAGCGCGGCCCAGGUCUUUAUCAACUCUCGCUUCGCAGGGGAUAGGUCUCGCUUGCACCAAGAAUGGAACGAUCUUGUGGAGGCUUAUUGUCCACGAGAGAUAACAGAAGCCACGGACAGAUUUCCCGCGAUCUCUGGCAUGGCCGCACAAUAUCUUUCGACCUAUGUCACCCAAGACCGCAAGGUUCUACGCCAGGAAUAUCUUGCCGGUCUUUGGCGCGACACCUUUGCGGAAGACCUGGCGUGGUCGGUGACGGCUGCCACAAAUCCAAUGGAAGCUCUGGUGCAUAUCGCACCGAGCUGGUCCUGGGCGUCCCUUCCUGUCGGAUCUCGUGUCAACACAAAGCAGAACUUCCAGCGGAGCAACGACUUUGAGUUGCUGGGUAGUCCUGAUCGCAGCGAGAAUCCUACUGGAACUGAAGAAAAGGACCAAGAGAUUGAAGACAAGAUUCUGCAUGCUUGCCAGGAGGGAGCGAAGACGACACGGGUCUCUGUGAGAGGUCGUCUACGACGAAUCAUAUAUCCCGAGUCGGAAAAGAUUGACUGGUCCGAGUUGACAACGGCGCGUGGUGGCAAGAACAAGUACAAUCUGUCCAAGUACAUUUCUCGCCACGUCCACGCACGAAACCCUGCGAGUGGCCAGAUCGUCAUAUACGAGCCAAACAGGCAACCAAUUGAAGGGCAAUUGGACUAUGGUGUUCCUCCUCUGGGGCACAACAAUGACGGCUCCAGCCCGGAAAUCCACGUUGCGACAGGUGUGGAGAGGGACUUGUAUGGCUUGCAAGUAGGCCAGAGCACAAUGCUCCUGCUGCAAUUCAGGCUGUGCUGCAAGAGACGGCAGGACACAAACAAGACAGACAGCAACACUGGAACUCAGACCUGGGCGACGGUCUUCCGGCGAGUUGGGAUCUGUCGCAAUGUGCGAGCGACUUUCUUUGAGGGAGCCGAGUUGGUCCAGCUUGAGCUCGAAUGAGGCUGAGGCACUAUGAUAUCGAGCCAUGAACGGGAAUAUGCGGCACUUUCCACCAGCAUUGAAAGAAGGGGUAUCGAUAUGGACUAUCUGUAUCUGGUUCUCUUUCACUUUUGGCUCAUGCAGAGAAAGCGUUGACUCGACGCAGGAACCGAUGCAGCCUGCGUCGACUUCACUGACUGUCCCCCGCAUGUCUUGCUUCGCUGGGCGCCAUUCACUAUCUUCACUAUCCCCAUGACGAGAGCAGCCCUUUGAAGAUGCGAAGGGCUCUAUAAUGUGAGUUGAAAGUGAGAGCGUCCUCAGCACAAGCACGGCAAAGUCUUCCUCCCAGGCAAGAGUGCAGAACAAUCCCUUAUCACCCUCCCUUCUCGUCUCAUCACACGCCACGAUGCUGUCUCUGCUCUCCUCGAGCACCUCCCUUUGUCUUCUUGGCACUGCCUGCAUCGCUCAAGAAGUCAACUACACAUGCCCCGGACCCAGCUGUCUUGGACAUUUCACAGAAUACCCCGGGCCCCCUUCUCAGCCGGCAGAUUCAACCAGCGACCGCCAGGCGUAUUGCCGAACGUCUUGAACUCGUCCGCCGUCGAAGACGCAGUGUCGCGCGUGAAGAAGCAGAAUCUCCGUCCCAGACUUGUCCCGGCUCUUUGAGAAUGCCUUCCCCGACACCCUCGACACGGCGAUCCGGUGGCACGGCGUCGCGGGCGACAACUCGGCAGCACUGACGGGCUGGGACUGCUCCACAGAGCGUCAGCGCCGGGAACGCGAGCGAUUUGGACGCCGCCCCCGCCGUGGGUUUCG